AUGGCAACAAGUUCUACUUCGUCAAAUACGCCAAAAAAAACAGUAAAAGAUUUUAAUUUUAUAAAAGAAAUUGGCGACGGGUCAUAUUCAAAAGUCUGGCUAGUUAUUGAAAUUGCAACAAAUCGUGAAUUAGCAUUAAAAGAAGUUCGGAAAGACUUAAUAACAAAAUUGAAAAAAGCUCCACAAGUCUUGAGAGAACGAAAUAUCUUGGCUCAACUUAAUGAUUGUUCUUAUACAAUCAAACUUCAUUGUACAUUUCAAAAUGAAGAAAAUCUUUAUUUUGGUCUAACAUAUUGUUCGAAUGGUGAUCUUCUUCAAUAUAUUACUGAUGCAGGUCAUUUUGAAAUUGAUAUUGUACGAUUUUAUUCUGCUGAAUUAAUUGAAGCACUUGAACAGUUACAUAUUCAUCGUAUAAUUCAUCGAGAUUUGAAACCUGAAAAUAUUCUUUUAACUGAUGAUAUGCAUAUCCAAUUGGCAGACUUCGGUUCGGCUGUUAUUAUUGAUAAUAAUGAAAUCUCUCAUGUAAAUAAUAAUGAAGAGAAAAAAUCAGUAGAACGAAGAAAUUCAUUUGUUGGUACAGCACAAUUUGUAGCACCAGAAAUUCUUCGAUGUGGUCCAAUUCAUAUUGGAUCUGAUUUUUGGUCACUUGGUUGUAUUAUUUAUCAAAUGGUAACUGGUAAACAUUUAUUUCAUGGAUAUCAUGAAUAUGAUAUUAUGAAUGCUGUUGCUCGUGCUGCUUAUAAAUUACCUGAUGAUUUUCCAGAUGUAAUUGGUGAUCUUAUACAUAAGCUUAUUCGUCUACAACCAAGUGAACGACUUGGUACGGAAGAAGCCGGUGGAAUAGAAAAACUUAAAGAACAUCCAUUUUUCUGUGAUACAAAAUGGGGAGAUUUAUUAAAUCAAAAAUCACCACUUGAAGCAAAUGUGAAACUUUGUUCUAGGCCGAUCAACACUAAUGAUGAUAUGAAGACUAAAAACCCAGAGAAUUAA